AUGCGUAGUUGUAUUCUUCACAGAGAUAACUUUUUUUUUUCUUUUCUAGGGGGUAACAUGGAUUUGGAAGCCCUGGAGAGUAGCCACAGUCCUGCUCUGGAUAACCCAUAUGAGCGGGAAGGAUGCACAAAACGUAGCACCUCACCACAGAAAGGGCACCCGGAAAAAGCAGAACUUUUGGCACUGGAAGUGAAGAGAUCACAGCCUUUGCUUAUACACAGCAGCAGGUGGGGGUAAGUCUUCAGCAGACGAUGACUCGGACAUGUUUCAAAUCUGUUUAAUUGUAUUCCUUGGUAACUUUCCUGUGUCGUAGCUGUGAAAGACCAAUUACUGUAUAUGAAAUCACAAUGAUCGAUUCUCUGAUAUGGUCAUUCUCACUUAUGUAGCACUAACUUUAGUCGAACUGCUAAUGGUUAAUAGGUGGAUCACAUUCCUUACUGUCAUACGGUCUUUAAGGACCAGAUGGCAGGGUUUGGUCCUGAAGGGGUCAAACAUUCAUUCGUCUCAAGCGUGUCUCUCGAUGAGAAGCAGUUUCUCUUUAGAAAUCAAAGCCAUGUGUCUCGGUUUUUUUGUGAUGUAACUUAUUUAUAAAGAACUAAAAAUACGUAGUUUCAAAGAGCUCCAAAAUUAUACUAAUUAAGAGUAAUUCACAGUAUAGUUACAUGAUAGAUAGAUAGAUAGAUAGAAUAAAGGCUUAAAAAAUGAUACAAAUCCAUCUUUUACAGAACUCCACAGCAAUAAAUGAAUGUGUGGUGUGUGUAAGAGUUCUACAAAACAAAAGUAAUAUUCAUAGCAGUUUGUGCAGUGUAUGAGUGUAGUACAGAGCUUCACUGCAAUAAAACUCACUGUAAUGUGCAGUGUGUAUGAGUGUAGUAGGGAUCUCCACAGCAAUAAAACUCACAGAAAUGUAAUUCACAGUAAUAUGAAUUGUUAAUACGUUUUUAACAGAGCUCUCCUUAGCAAUAAAAUGCACAUCAUAAUGAAUUAAAACUAUUGCAAACGUGCUUGGAAAUUAGACAUAAUGACUCAACCUAAUUGGUUAUCAAUAGGUCAUGAAAUCAUCAACCGGGUAACAACACUAACGACACACUUACAAUCAAAAUGCUCUUUGGCCUUAUGAAAUGUUGAAAGGCAUGCCCUAUUACCUUUUUUAAUUUUUAAUUUUAUUUAAUAAACUGUAAAUGUUAUUAAUUUAAAAUGCAAUAAAAGUAGUUACUCUAAUGGAACAACUUUCUUUUUGAAAGCCAAAAAGCUUAUAUAUAUAUAUUUUUUUUAUGAUUAUUUCUUUCAUAUUAUAUAUAUGAUUUUCUUAAUUUGUAAAAAUGUUUUCGCAAAAACAAGUGUUCUUCCCCUUUUAAUAAACGACUAGUUAUUUCAAUAUUUUUGAAAAUUACUCUAUGCACUAGGGACAACCAAAUAAACAAAUGCUGAAUAUUCUUUACAUUACAGGAGAUUACGAGAUGAGGAAACACGAUCCUCAUCGCUCCCCGACAUCCCAAAUCCAUUCCCGGAGCUGUGCAACUCCUCCCCUAUUUUAAGUAACACCCCAAAUAGUCGUUCCCCGCAGGAAGGGGGGCCUCAUGUAAGUACAGUACACCUUCAAGUUGUUCCCUUCAGUUAUUUUUCGUUAUUUGUUUUUCUCCUUUAGACUUUACUUCAGUUCCAUUACAAAACGGGUUACAAAAUGCUCUUACUAAAGGCCAUCAAAGAUUUUAUCUAGCUACAAUGCAGAAAGUGAGGUUUGAGAAAUUGAAAAAGAUAGGAGAACUCCAUAAAUACACUGCAACAUUCUCCAUUUCUUUGUUUUAUGGACGGAGAUAAGAAAAUUGGUUAUAGAGAAUACUCGGUCCUUUGGUUGCCUUCCCAACGCUUUCUCCAAAAAUCUGUUUUUCUCCUCUGUGCAUACCUAAAACAACAUCACUAAGCUAGUGGAUGCCCAGUUCAUUUUACUGAAAAGUCUCUAUGUUCCACUACAAAAAUCUCCUUGGUGUGUAGUAUACCCGUCUAGGUGCACCACUACCUCUGACCAUUGCAGGUCUCCUAACAGUCCCUCUUUUGGCAGUAGAGUCCUGAUUUUGGGCUUCUGUCUUGCCAUCCCACUUUAGUUCCCUGGUGUCCCAUCAUUAACACAGCAUAUGGCAGGAGACCUUCACUGUUAAAGGGACACUAUAGUCACCCCUAACAACUACAGAUUAAUGUAAUUGUGCUGGUUAGUAUAAUCAGUUUCUGCAGAUAUUUUCAUGCAAACACUGCCUUUUCUGAAAAAAUGCAGUGAUUAAUUGCCCCCUGGGGACACCUCCAGUAGCCACUCCUCAGAUGGCCACUAGAGGUCCUUCCUUGGACAGUGCUGCACAGUGUGCAGCACUGCUGUUCAUGGAGACGCCGAACUUUCCUCUUAGAGAUGCAUUGAUUCAACCGCAGUUUGGCUCCUCCCCAGUCCUUCCUCCUUGCUCUUUCCUUAUGAGGAAGCAUUAGAUUGUCUGAAAUCCUAAAUUCUGAUGAUGUCAGCAAACAGGCAGAUCAGGGGGCGGAUCCAGCGCCUGCAGACCAGCGCAGCACUGGAAAUAAGGUAAAUUGUGGUUUUAACACUAUACGGUCUGGAAUACAAAUUUGUGUUCCAGACCCUAUAGUGUUCCUUUAAGUAUAUUUUUUUAUGGAAAGCAAUUACAAAAAGUUUUUGUUUAUUCACUAAACCAUUGGUUUCCACACCUCCGUCAAGGCAUGCCUACCACCAGUCCAGAAUUUAAGGAUUACUCAGUUAUGUCAAGGUGUCUUUUUUUCUUUCUAAAAACACCUUAGGUGCAACUGGCUAAUCCUUAAAUUCUGGACUGGUAGACAUGCAUUGAGGACCGGGUUGUAAACCACUGCACUAAACCAUGGAAUUGUGAAAAAUUGGCAGUUCAUUACCCAAUUAUUUGUCCUGCUCGGCUAUUUCACUAUAACAUUUUCACGAUACUCAAAAAUUCCUGAAAUACUGAGUAUACGCCAGGAAUGUAUAUACGUAUUUCAAAAAUUGCCUUCUUAAGCAAGAUAAUUUCAAAUAAAGUGAACUUUGACUACAUUCCUAGUGAUGAUUAUUUUUUAAGAUUUCUAAAAUUACUGCAGCUAUAGCUACAUCCAUUCACUGAAAUAUGUCACAGAGAAAGCUUAGCACACCUCAACUACUAGUAUGGUGUAUGCUUUCAUCAGUUCAAGGCUUCUAUUGUAAAGAUUUUAGGGGAUGUUAAAGGGGCAGAAUGAAACAGCACUGGAGAGAAGACUGUGGGGCUUAACUAUUUGUGAACUUUUUAACCCCGAAAGGUAAGUCAGCGUCAGGGACCUCUUGGCACCAUAACAACUUAAUUUUAAAGAAGUUGUUAUGAUUCUCUGAUUGUUCCUUUACGAACAGUUUGAUAUAGACCAGGACUCUUCUCACUAAUAAGCACCAUUCACUUUCAGUCAAUUUUUGUCAUCCAGGUUGGACAAAAUCGACACUGACGAAAUGGAAAUGUUUUUUCCACUUUAUCAAUGUGGACAAGCAGGACACAGACCUUUGGAGCCGAGAAAAGACCUGGCUUAUUUUAAUUUGUUAAUAAAUGGUUUGCUAUUAAACAGGGGGAAGGUGUCGGAACACUAGGCAACGUAGCAACUCCAAUGAGCUAUGGUAGUUACAUUGCUUACAGCGUUCCUUUAACACAAGACAGAAAAAAAACUGCACCUCAAAUUUAAAAAAACCCCCACCAUUGCAUCACAUGUAACAUCUGAAAAUCUAAAUUACCUUAUUUCUGUGACCUUUUCCAGUGCUACUGGGAAAUCCCUACACUAACUUUCUAAAAUGUAUUGGGGUCCUUGAAACCUGGGAAAAAAAGUCUAUUUGCUACACAAACUACCUGACUAACCCUCCCGACACCACCCUAACCUUGCUUGUUAUCCCUAAUUCUGUCAGUGGUAAGAAUAGCUAAGAGCCACUACACAGUGAGAGCAUCUUACUAGGUUGCACUAGGUUGCACAUCAACAUAUAUUCUUAGUUACAGUGCACUCGACGUGGGUUUCAAAUGAAAUGAAAGUAACAAUUUGUUAUAGAUGGGUUUACCAAAGCACCUGGUUAGUAAAUAUAUCCGUUGCAAUAACUAUAAAAGACCAAAGAGCUUCCCGAGUUCUAAAUGCUUACCCUAUCCCUACAAAUCGUGACCUCAUCCUAGUUUUUUGUACUAAAGAGAUAGAUGUCUAACACAAGAUUGUCAGUGUUAAUGUGAUGCGUGUAUUUGUGUAAUGUCAAUACGUGUGAAUAAAGAAUGCGUCCCUCCACUUCCAAAUACCCCUGCAUCUCUACAUACUUUGUAUCUCUCACCAUCAACCGCUCGUUGCUAUCCCCACCUUCCUGCACUUUUGCCUCUCUCUUAUCUACCCCCACUUGGGUCUCUAUACCAUCUCCCACCACUUGUUUUUCGUCAUCUUUUUGUGCACUUCUCCAUCUCUCCCCACAAUUUUGUUCUCCAUUGUUCACUGUUGUCUCAUUUGCCCAUACAUUUCCACUCCUAUCUUGACUCUUGUAGCUCGUUUCUCAGAUCUCAACAACCGUCCCUUACUGCAAAACCAUGGCAAGGCCUCACACAGCCCUGCUUUGAAGGCUUAGUCCACUAAUAAUUUAAGAGGACAAUAUACCUAUUGCUUAUCAAAAAAUGAAAUAGGGCCAAUCUAUUGCAUGGACCAGCAAAAGCCUACAUAUAGUAUAAAAUGACCAAGGACUCAUUUUGUGGGACUAGGACCAUGCAUGGCUACUCUCUUCCCCGCCCACCAAUGUUCCAGAAGGUUUUUAAAAUUUUAGAUAUAUCUUAGUACUCCAAAACAUUUCGAAAGGCCAAGGAGGGACACUUUGUUUGGAUUGGUGUCUGGAGAUUCAGCUAGGGUCUGUGGAAUACUGAGAAUUUGUAUCAAUUUAUAGAUCAUUGUUGGGAGGUAUGUAUUCAAUCAGGAUUGAUUACAAUAUAGGAUAAAAUAGCACACACAUUAAAUGCUUUGAUUUUGAUGUUAGCUUCUAGUACAGAAACCACAGUUACCAAAGGGGGAGGGGGUGUUAAAACUAAACUGCAACGCAUAACACGAAAAUUUUAAUUCUGCAAUAUGAUUGCAACCAAGAUGGGGGCUGUCUCUGGACACAGAGAAGAGUCAUGCAUCAUAUCAAACCGUUUAUAAACGUUUCUUCAUUAGAUCCAAGGUGGUACAAGGACUGAACAGGCAACUAUUACAGAGAGCUUUACUAAUGCUUGCUUGACUGAAUCAACUUAUAUUACUUUUGAAUAUCCCAAAAACUCAAUUUCUUCAUCAGAUCUACAAUUCUACAUCAAAUGUUAUCCUAUCGUGUCCACAUUAUCAUCAGCCCAAACAAAUUCUAAUUAAAGUCAUGUAAAACAUAAAGUCUUGGCUGUUGCCUUGACUAGUUUGAAUUACUUUAGGCGUUGUUAACAAUUUAAUAAAGAAUCCAAGAUUUCAAAUCUGUUUAAUUGUAUUUACUUAUAUUACAUCAAAAGCAAGUUAAUAGUUUUUUUUUUAUCGUAGAAACAUUGCUUUCAAAAUUUUGUUUGAAAUGUUUGAAAAAAAUUACAAUAUGUGAAUAUUUAUGCACAAUGUAGCGCAAAUAGACGACAGAUAUACCCACUUCUUUGAAAAAGUUGCAUCUUACUGUCUAAAGUGUAACAGUUGCUGAUACAUUGCUGCUUGUUCACAAGAGAAGGUGGUGAAGGUGUACAGCGAGGAUGGUACGUGUCGGUCCUUGGAGGUGACUGCGGGAGCGACGGCGCGGCACAUUUGUGACAUGUUAGUGGAAAGAGCGCACUGUCUAAGUGACGAGAGUUGGUCUGUGGUGGAGCUGCACCCACAUCUGGGACUCGGUAAGGAAAGAAUUUAAGAUUGAACUACAAAAAAAAUUCCAGCCUACAGUAACUGAGCAGUAUACGGCUAUAACCUGUCUGUCUGUGCAUCCAGUGUUAAUUUUGUCUACUAACAAUUUUAGUCGGAUUUUAGGCGACUACAAUUUUUGAGAUUUAGUUGACUAAAACUAGACUAAAACAAUUCAGAUGACUAAAAUAUGACUAAAACUAAAAUGGCUUUCUUGUCAAAAGACUAUGAAUAAUACUAAAUUGAAAUUUCUCCAAAAUUAACCUUGGCGUGUGAGCGAGCCACAGAAGGCUUGGGAGACAUACACCUAGAGGGGCUAGGGACACAAAGAAAAACAGGGGGGCUGGGGAAGGGGCACCAGGGUUUGGGAGAGAUACACCUAGAGGGGCUGGGGAGGGGGAAAAAGAGACAGAUAGAGGCUUUAACUAAACCCAUUAGAUUUUGGUUGUGUUGACUAAAACCUACUGGAGAUUUAGUUGACUAAAACUAGACUAAAAAUAAAACAGUUCAGAUGAAUACGACUAAAAGUAAAAUGGCUUUUUAUUUAAAAGACUAUGACUUAAACUAAACUGAAAUUUGCCUCCAAAAAUAACACUGCAUCCAUCUAUCUGUUCAUAUGGGCAGGUUGACUUUACCUCUGGUAGUUUGCCUACAAAUUUAAAAUCACAAGGUAACAACAUAUCUUCCAACGUGUAAUUUGGUAAAGUUCACAGACUUCAGCCAUGCUUAUGCAUUUUACAUGAUUCUCAGACAUUGUGCUUAUCCUUAUUAAUUAUAAAUGGGGAGAGGCCUUAUUUCACCCUUCCCGUGUCUCAUAUUUUAUGCACAGGCGGUAUAAUCGUGGCCGCUUACCUGAAACUGUUUAUUAUGCCAUGACCUUGUCUUUCGGGUGGUGCAACGUGAUUUUUUUUUCAAGUUUUGUGGUAGCAUAUUUGCAACUUCAUUUAGGUACAUUCCCUAACUGUGAUUUUUCUUGUAAAAAAACUAAUUUUGCGAUGGACUGUUUGAACCACACAAUUUAGGUUUAGUUGUGGUUUUGGACUAGAUUACUAUGCAAUUCUUUUGUGCUUGCAUGACAAACUCCCCGGGAAAUACAAAGAUGCUUUACUCAUAUUUUGGGGUCAAAAAUAGCAUAUCUUGCCUUUAAAUUAAUAUGUAUGGAUCAGGUUUUCAGAUGAUUUAAUACUUUUGGAUAAACGUCUAAAAUUGUUUAAUGUUUUGAAAAAAAUAAAAAUUAAAAAUAAAACAACAUAUAAUUUCUUGCAGAUUUAUCAUCUACUUAAAUGAGGGUAUUGAGUAUAGAUAUCAUGUCAUUAUGCAGGUUCCACCACAGAAACAGAAUUUUUUUAAUAAAAGUAUUAGUAUUAGUUAAUAGUGAUGUCCCGAACUGUUUGCCGAACGGUUUGCGAACGGUUCGCCACGGACUCACCAUUGAGUAAACUUUGACCCUGUACCUCACAGUCAGCAGACACAUUCCAGCCAAUCAGCAGCAGAUCCUCCCUCCCAGACCCUCCCACCUCCUGGACAGCUCACUGAGAAUGCAGCUUCACAAUGGAUGCUGUCCAGGAGGUGGGAGGGUCUGGGAGGGAGGGUCUGCUGCUGAUUGGCUGGAAUGUGUCUGCUGACUGUGAGGUACAGGGUCAAAGUUUACUCAAUGAUGAGUCUGUGGCGAACCGUUCGGCGAACAGUUCGGGACAUCACUAUUAGUUAAUUAUUAAAAUCCUACAUAGCCGCCGUGCCGCGGUAGAAGUAUCUCCAUAGUUGUUUCAGCAUUGUAAAAUUAUCUGAAUUGAGUAAAGAACAAUUACCAAUUAUUUUAAUAAUUCACUGCUUUGUAGUCCUCCAGUCUUUGGUGACUUUUUUUUAACCUUGUUACAGAUGAAUAUAAAUGUUCAGUUGUGAAUAUAUGUAUUCCUGUGUGAAGUUCUACGCUUCACAAGGCUGAAUUUACAUUUGAGGUGUUUGUAGAAUUCUAAGGUGCGCUCUCCUCUCCCCCCUCCCCCACCUGACCCCCUCCAAAAAAAAAGAAAAAAUGCAGGUAAAGCGGGUUUAAUUCAUUUAUAAAAAACACCUAAAUAAUGUGUUUCUGUAAGUAUAAUGAGUGUAUGCAGCUGUGUGAAUGUAUGCAAGAUUAAAAAUAAUGUAGCGGUUAGAAGUGGUUAGGGUAUGAGGGGUUAACGAGGGGUUAAUGGCAGAGUUAGAUUGCAUACCGUGUUUAGUGUUAAGAGGAUUAAAAGCUUGAGAGGGGUUAUAGUUGUGGUAUAAAAGGUGUUGAAAAUGAUUGGGUUUAGGGUUAGAGUUACAUUUUGUAUUGUGGUACAUGGUGUGUUUAAUUCCUAAAAUAAGUUAAACCUAAGAUUAAGUUAAAGAGAUGUGUUUUAGGAUUAGACUUUGAGUGCUUUUAUUUGUCUAGGUUUUGGGAAAGGCUAAAUUUAGGGGGAAAUGGGUAUUUAGGAUACAGGCAUGUGUAGGUUAAAGUGUUAUUUGCAAAGUACUCACCCUCCUAUGAUUGACAUCAGAACGGAGGAGCUGGUAUACAGUGUGCAUCACUCAGUGCUGUUCCUAUUUCUCCUGCAAGGCAUUUCCUGUUUGACUUGGGCAUCCAUUUUUGGACAAACACGGUUUCGUCCGAAUUUUUGGCAAUUUGUUCAUUCGUCCAAAAUGGACAAAGGCAAAUUACAACAAUGAAACAAAGAAUGAAUUGUGUGUUAGGUGAAAUUUCGCUCAUGCAAUUCAUUAUUUGUUUGUAGUUAUUGUAAGGAGGAAGUUACCAGCUCACAGCUCCCUAUUUGUAAUACUUAAAAAUAGAAGCUUCCUAAAUCGACCCAUGCUCCCCCUUACCCUUGGCCUAGGGGAGUCAAUAUGACCCCUAUAUUGGUAAAAGAAAGGUUUAAUCAUCCCUCCUGUUUCUAUCCGCCAUGCGGUGUGUAAGGGCAUGACUGCUAAUCAGCGAGCAGUCAGUGGCUUCUCGCUGUCAUCUAAAACAAAUUAAUAUCUGAACUUGCAGGGUAAGGAAAGCCUUAUAAAGGCUGCAGUUUGAAUCAGAGCACUCUGAUUGGUUGAGUAAGCCAAGGUAAGAGUACUCUGACUGCUUACCUAUCAGUCUCAAGAGCAAACAAUCAGAGCACUCUGACUCAAAUUGCAUGGCGUGUCAAAUUAAAGACCAUGCAAGCUCAGUCUGUGUGGCGCCCUCGCAGGGUGAAGAUGGACUGUUUUUUUGUUUACACUAUGCCGCCGCCCAUUUAAUUAUUUUAAUAAGUCACCCACUAUGGGAGACCUAUGCUAGGUUCCUAUUUAUUCAUUUAUUGGAUUAUCGACUGGGCAGCAACAUUUUUGCCAGACGUUAGGUAACUGCCUGGUAAUUCAGGAGUUCAGGAGGUGAAUGCAAUGUAAGAAGCAGAUGUAUAAAACAUUACACGAGGCAACUCUAUGGGAGAAAUGUAUCAAAGUGUAGAUAAACAGUAUACAUAGAAAUAGAAUGUGUCUGUAGCUGCCAUUGGUUUCCAUGGUAACUGCCACACUUUUAGUAGCUUUGAUAAAACUUGAGCAUUUCUGGCCAAUGCAGCAUCUGUAAGUUGGGGGAUCUUGUAUGCAAUUGAAAGGCAUUAAAUCCCUUUUGCUUGAGUUAUGUCACAAAUCCACACAUUGAUGAAGGGGCCACAAUCUUUUAGGGAGGGAUUAUUAUAGGAGCCACGAAGCUUUGUUACUUGUAAUUCCAUCUGCGGUGAAUGUAUAUAGCUGUUUCAAUUUGUACCAUUACAUAUACAUGUUUAUGUGUGUAUGUAUAGAUUUAUAAAUAUAUAUUUUACAGAGAGGACAAGUCUUACAAACACAGAGUCGCAGGCAGGGGGGGCGUGCAAUAUUAAUAACAACCAGUGUUAUAACUAAAACAGCUGCAAACACUUCACACUCUGUGCAAAAGUUGAAGAACAUAAAGCAAAAUUAGUACUAAGCUAGAAACCUUAUAAAAGUGAACACAUUUUAAAGUGCAACAAAAAAGUGCAACUUCUUUUAUAAAUUAAAAAAAUACUAUAAUCUAAUAGCUUAUACAACAAAGUGUUUCCUUAUUCAUGUCCUAAAAAAGAAAAACAGCACACAUGUCCAUAGUGCAUACUGUUUAACUUAAAAGAACAUCCAUAUCCCUCCCCCGCCCCCGCAAAUGGUGCAACCAGAGCCUAUUUGGUACGUACCUAUUUUAUGAAUGGGGAGCUACCGAUUGGCUUGCAGGAUCAGUUGACUGCUUUAGUCAAUCAGGGACGUCCCUGCUUGGCGGCACUAUGCUGUUCCUGUAACUCAGGUUCAGAAGCCAGAUGCCACCUGGGGGAACUGGAGAUCAGCGCUGGAGGCAACAUUUGAGAAUGGUAAGAGUGAGCCCGGGGGGCUCUUAACACCAUAGCAACUUCAUUUAGUUGAAAUUGUCAUAAUGACCGGAGUGUACCUCUAAGCUCUGUAGCAAAUAUCACACUUAUCUUAUAUGGCCUUACCUAUGUUCAGAUGGUAAUCAAUUCCUGAUGUGGGGGUUACCCAUUGAUUUUACCAGUUGGAUCACUUAUAUGGCAUGCCAUAGUCUUCUAGGGGUAUUUCUUAUGUUUCUUUGCUAUUUUGUGAUCAGCUAUACCUGAGCCAUCCUCCUUAAUGCAUACCUCUUAGAAAUUAGGAAGUUUAUGGGUGUUGUUCUGAUAGUUAAAUAUACUAGGUCAACAAGUUGUGUCAUGGUUCAUGACUAGGAAAUUGUAUCAUGGUGUGACUCCAAAGUGAACGCAUCAUAACAAAUCUUAAAGGGACAUUUCACUGCCGAAAUAAUAAAAAACGCUGUUGAUCUAUUGCUUGCAGCCCUCAUAGAAGGCUAGUUCUAAAUGUGUAUAUACAUAAAAACACUAAAUUUUUGUCUUGUUCUAACAUCUUUUGAUUUUUCACAGAGCGCUGCCUUGAAGAUCACGAGUCGGUGGUAGAGGUUCAAGCAAUGUGGCCUGCGGGAGGAGAUAGCAAAUUCAUCUUUCGCAAGAACUUUGCCAAGUACGAACUGUUCCGAGGAUCCCCUGUGAGUAUAGAAAGUUGAUUGACUGAUUCAGACCUGCUCUGAUUAGUUAGCAUUUGUUUGUUUUUUCCACACAUAUUUACUUUUGGAAAUUUUUGACGAUUCUGUAGUUGUAGGUAUUCUUCUUCAAACAGUUAUUUACCGUUCUUGGUAGGAAUCUUAUCUCCUCAAUUCUGUCUUUGCUGUGUAACAGUGGCACAUUAUUGACUUCAUUAUCUUCGAUCUAUGAAUUAUUCCUGAUUUAUUGUAUCAAUAGAUGGAUGAAUUUGUUUUAAAGUUAACAAAAACACUUCACAUGUUUGCUAAGAGUAAAAAACGUAAGUUUGGAGUCAUGACCAAAUUCCUUUUGAAAUUAGCAGAUAUAUGAUAUGCAUUGGGAGUAUGCAUAUCAAAGCACUGUUACUUUAAUUGUAUAGUUUUGGCACUGUACUUCUUUGAAUUGUGUUUUUAUUACAUACAUUUUCAUGAUAUAUACUGUAUGCACAAUUCUCUCACAACAGAUUAAUUAAAUAGUUCAUUUAGCAUUAGAACUAUUUAAUUUGUGUCCCAUGUUAAAAUUAGUGUAGGACCCACCAUUAUUAGGGGCAUGCGUCAUAAAGUUGAGCUUAACACAAUAUAGCCGUAUGGUGGAACUGAAUCCCUAUUUACUUGCUUGCUAAGGUAGGUGAUUUUAAGUAGCCUUCUAAAAUGUAAAACUGUAUUUUUAUGUGUGAGCUGUUCCUUAAUCUGCAUUAUUUUUGCUAAGAGUGUAAUUUUGCAACUGUAACUUUCCGUCCCAUAGUAUUCAUUGUUUCCAGAGGAUAUGGUAGGAGGAAAUGCAGAGACGCACAAAGGACUUUCUCACUCGGAGCUGAUACAGGUAGCUUAUCUGAUUGAUGACACAGAAAUAUGUUACGGUUUUAAUCUUGUAUGACCCUUAAUACAGAAAUGCACUGUUUAAUAGUUCUUUGUUUUUAGACGUUGUUGUAGGGCUUCAGGGCUUUGCUAUCCAUGAGUCAGAGUAUAAAUAGUUUAUAUAAACCUAGACCAUUGAAGUCACAGUUCCUGGAAUAUUUGAUACUGAAACCUGCUGGAUAUUUUUUUUCUAUUAGAACUUCUUGAAUCUGGGUAGCUGGCCAGAGAUUCAGGGAUUCUUGCACAUGAAGGAAAGCGGACGUAAGGUCUGGAAGCGAUUCUUCUUCUUCCUUCGACGAUCUGGCCUCUACUACUCUACCAAGGGAACUUCUAAGGUACGACUAAAAUACCUGAAUGACUGUAGCUGAAGAAUUACAUAAUUUUGCAAGCAGGUGAUUUGUAAUAGAGCACUAUCUAAGCUUUCAGAAGAAAAAAAAAUAACUUGACAUUCUUUAAAAAGACAGGUGCAUUGUGCAAAAUAUAUUUGCGGACAGUCAGUUGUGUAACAUUGAUGAAGACAUUCUAUUGAAUGUUUGUCCAAGAAAUGGGUUUGGUCUACCUGUUCUAAUCUCUAUUCCAUGCUGAGAGUUCCAGAACUUCUUUCACAUCACAAAAUCAAUAAAACACAGUCAAUAACUGACAUCAACUAUUAAAGAAUAUUGCUGUUGAUAUUGCCUAAUCAUCAUAUACAAAUUGCUAAAGGCGCCAGCAGUCCUAUUCACUUAAUGUUGAAAUUGUAAGCAUAAUUUUUACCAAUAUUUCUUGGCAAUUGCAAUUUACUCAAUUGUAGUUGUACUCAGUUCUGCUGAGUAUUCUAUUCUAUUCCUUCAUUCAGUCAAAUGUUACCCAAAUUAAGCUGUAUAGCCUAAGGGCACAGUGAGAAAAUAUUUACAUAUAAAAUGAAGAGGUGCCCGGGAUCCCCUAAUAUAUGAGUGGGGCGAAUACAUGCCCCCUUAUGGUACCAUGAAUCUACUGGAGCUGUCCACCUCAUAAAAAUCAAACUGUUUUCGGGUCAGGUCUCCUUUUAUAUUGCUAAUGCAACAGUUUCUGUUUUUGUAUUAGUUACAUCAAUUCCUCCUAUACUUAAAUGGAAUUCAUUUGCUGAAAGCAUUAGCACUUUGUGCCAAAUAACUAUGUCCAAAUAGAGAUAAAAUUUAUUUAUUUAUAGGAGGGCACACUUCCACUUUAGAUAGAGAAGUGGACACCAGACAGGAGGCACCCAGAGGACCCAAGUAAGGGUUAAACUGUUCUAAAGACUCUUUGACUCUUACCCAGUAUAACCCCUGGCACCAUAACCACUACAAAGAGCAGUUGUAGUCAAGUAGGGUUCAAGACUGACCCUGUAAAAAUAAAAUGUACAGCAACAGGUUUCUGAAUCUUGUUCAUUGUUUCUUCCUUCUUUCCAGGAUCCUCGACAUCUUCAGUAUUUUGCCGACGUAAAUGAAUCGAAUGCGUACUGCUUGACACAGGGAAAGAAACUCUACAAUGCCCCCACGGAUUUUGGGUUCUGUUUAAAAGUAUGUUUUUGUGAAAGAUAUCAGCGAUAUAGUUCAAUAUAUUUCUCUACUGCAUUGCUCUCCAGAAAGCAUCUCUUCAAUUUCAGUGUUUAAUUAUAAAAUGAAUUCACUGAAGAUGACCAACCCUGGCUCGACCUCCAGCGGUAUAGGGUUAGCUUUGAAUUCUGGACCUUGUAAUAGACACAGAGGACUAGAAAGACUAGCUAACUAUAUGUGACUAGUUAUAAGUUCCAGGUUUUUAUUAAAUCUACCUAAUGUUUCUAUCCUCCACAGCCAUUGAAAAUACGGAGUGGCACCAAAGGUCUGAAGAUGUUAUGCAGUGAAGACGAACAAGCACGUACCUGUUGGCUUACAGCAAUUCGUCUAUUUAAAGUGAGUUUGUCAGCCAUGUUCUUCCGAUUCUCACUGAAGCAGCUUUGCAGGCGAAUUACUUGGAUUAUUACAUGUAUUACAAUGGUUUAACUCAGAUGCAUUGUGUAAUGGUUGUUGACCUUCCUCGUUCAGGUAUCCAAAUUAUGUAUGUCGCAUUUGCAUGACAACCCAUUUUUGAACUGUAAAUUAGUUUGAUAACUGAUUCUGACAUACAAUAAAGACUAAAACACGUGCUAAGAAAAGCUUCAUCAAAAUAAUCCCAUUGCAAAGGGGGCUCCAGUAGAGUGGAAAAAGUUGAUUAAUGCAAAAACUCCUAGGGACCUACUGAACGUUUUUAUGGGCUGCAGACCCAAAUUUACGUUCUUACCCAAGAGUUCAUAAUCUACAGCUUCGGUAUAAUAUAAUACAAUAUAGUAUAAAGACUUGGUGUUAUUUUACAGCAAUAUAAUUCAAAGUUAACUAUGUUGCAGAUGAUGGGCUAUAAAUACAUGUAUUGUUUCUUUUACAGUAUGGUGCUCAGCUAUACAAGAAUUACCAGUUGUCCCGACGCGGUCCACAGACUUGGGGGGAACACACAAAACCGGUAAUACAUCUUUGAAUUAUCAUUCUUCUCAAGAACAAAACCUUAAGUGCAUGACUGUAUGGCAUCAAAUCCUCUCAAUGAACACAGACAGGGUUAUUCACUAAAGGUAGAAUUAAAGGUGAAUUUCAAAUUUAAGUUCAAAAUAGCAAAACUUGAAAAAUUCGCCAAGGCAGCUAAGCUUCCAGUUCUGCUACAUCAGCCUUAAAUUUUAAAUUCACUUUGAAUUCUCACUUUAUUUAUAACUCUGAUAAUGUAUGCAUGCUGUUCAAUAGGUGCUCAAUCAACAUGACCUAUUUUACAGGAGCCUUACGAUGUAAAUUACAGAUGUACUGGGUUUGCUCAAUAUUGUCUCAGGCAGUUUAGAGACUGAUUUGCAAAAUAAAAGUCUAUAACAUAAUUACUAAACACAGCUUUAACCUUGUACUCUUCUCCCUACAGCGCAGUGCGUCUGACAGCACACUAGUUCCCAUGGAUUUUUCGGGGUGUACAGGUCGUGUGAUAGAGAAUCCUCUUGAAGCAUUGUCUGUGGCCCUGGAGGAAGCUCAGUCAUGGAGGGUAAGCUUUUUGAUAGCACAUUAAACAUAUAUUUUAUAGCCCAUAUAUUACAUCAGUGAAAUCUCAAAGGAGGCGAGAUUGUGAUUCACAAGGCAAUGUUUUAUCCGCUCCUGGGCAUGUUGUACCUCUAUGGUUUUAAUGUUCCAUAUCAGUGUAAUAUGGUCAAGCUACAGCAUAUUACUCCAAAAUGUCUAUGGCCCAACUCUCCUGGUUCUGCAAAGGUUGGACAGGUAGAGUCAGAUUAAAUAUCUAUCCAAAAAAAAAAACACUGAUAAAAUUAAGCAAAAGUCCAUGUAACUCAUAGGUAGGUUUUAAAAUAUAAUUAAGCUACACUUGUUUACAUUUUAAAAUUUUUCAAACUUCCAAUGGACAACAUAGAAAUAUCAUGUAUCUCUGUUUGUUUUUUGUUUUAUUUUUCCCCAUCAGAAGAAAACAACUCAUCGUUACAGUUUGCCUACCCCGUGUCAAACCAACCUGAGUAGUGCAGGUAGGUUAUGAAGAGUCAUAUUUAACAUCUUCUUAAAAAUAUGUAUUAAUAGGAAAUCCUUACCUAUUCAAUUCCUUCCCUGUCAGGGAUUCACAAAACUCAGGCAUGGUACCAUGGGCGGCUGUCACGAGAUGAGACACAACGUCUUAUAGUACAACAAGGAAUGGUGGAUGGGUAAGUGGUGGGAUACCAGGUUUAAAUGCCCAACACAAUUGGUGAUCUUAACUAGCUUCUUCAUACUGUAACAAUCCAUUGAAUUGCUUAUAGUACCUUCAGUAUUCAGUUAAUAGAGGAGAGGGAUGUCCAUGUACACAAAACAGAUGCCUGCAAAUUAAAGUACUCACUGAAGAACAGGACAAUUGUUGGGUUUCUCCAUUCAUCUCCACUAGGGUUUAAAAGAAUAAAAACAGCUCACACGAGCCGAGGACCUAAAAAUUACAAGAAUUUAUGGAGAACCUCCAAAAAGUUUUUAUUUAUUUAUUUUUUUAAUUUUUGUAAUUUUCCAUAGAUCUCAGAUUUCUGAGAAGAAAUUUCUCUCUAUCUAGAAUCAGUGGCAUAAUGAAGGGUGUUGGUUCUUCUCCGACUGACAGCCAAGAGGGAGGUGCACACAGCAUCCCCACCCAGCACUGUUAUUGAUUGUAGUGAGGUUGAGCAUGAGGUUGAGGGAGGCUAGAGGGACAUAUGGAGGAGAGACACACAAGGGAUGGAGGGGGCUGGGGAGACACACUGGAGUGACAGUGGAGAACAAAACACAAGUAGGUUGGGGGAUUGGAUAAUCCAUGGUUCUCCAAACUGGCCCUCCAGAUGUUGCUGAACGGCAACUACCAUGAUUCUUUGACUGAAAUAGAUAGCUAGAGAAUCAUGGGAGUUUUAGUUCAUCAGAAUCUGGAGUGCCAACGUUUGGAGAACCUUGCAAUAGACAACUAGGGAAUUGUGCAAGAAUAACAUUCAUAGGUAAUCCACUGCAAAAAUAAAUAAAAAAUAAAGUGUAACCACUACGUAGUUAGAUGUGUCCUAUUUCAUAUAACAAUAGUGUUCUCUUUCCUCAUACAGAGUUUUCCUGGUACGUGAAAGUACAAGAAAUCCUAAUGGUUUUGUCCUGUCCUUAUGCCACAUGCAAAAGAUCAAACACUACCUCAUCUUACCGGUAUGUGCACUACAAUACACUACAUAACAGUCUAACACCGGGGAAAGUGUUAAACCCCUUCAAUUGUUUUUUCUUUUCUUUUACAAACUGAAAUUGAUAAGACUUUAUGGUGUGGCCCAAUGCCAUUAGUUCUCUGCACAACAAGAUAACUCUUUUUAAUGAUUAAAACAAUGUUCUAUUUCAUUCUUACAAAACAGUCACCCAUUAACCUUCUUAUCUGUACAAUUUUUUAUUCUAACCUUCUUCCUCUGUAUGUGACCCUGGCAGCUCGAUUCACUAUAUCCCAUAUAACUACUAGUAUGUUGUUUUAAAGUUUAUUUGAAAUUUACUUUUAAAGGGGAAAAGUUAUUUCCAAUGACUUAUAAAAUGAUGUUAUAUUUAGCCUAUGUUUUGCGAAUAUGGGUUUGUGUUUGAGUGGUCUGAAAAAAUAAAAAUUAAAGAGUCACUUUAAGCUUCAUCAGGACACUGUAUAAUUGCAAACUGGGUGGUCCUCAGGACACCCUGAGCCUACUCAGUUCAGAGAGUGACUUAUGAGUACAGCAUUUUUAUGUUUUUAUUUAUGGCUUGUUCCAAUACAGAGGACCAGCACAAAUUUCAGAAUGGUGCAUCAAAAUAUAGUCAUACAUUGCAUUGUCAGAUAGCAUGAGCACAGAAUAAUUUAUAUAUUAUAUUAUAUUUAGGAACGUAUGUACAGGCUAGAGGUGGACCACUAUAGAAGCCCCUAAGUAAGCAUUGUAUAAGUAUAGAAAAACAUCUAGCUUAGUCUAAGCGGCAUAUGUCAGAAACAACUGACGUUUUACAGAGAGCAGAUAGAAAAUAAGACAUUGCAUUAUACGAGAGAUAAACAGGAGUCCCAGAAAAGCAUAAAUAGCUAGGCAGCAAGGGUUCCUCGUGCGACACCUGAUCUUGAGUGUGUUGGCAAUGUAGGAGAAAUCUGAUCUUAUGCAUGGGGCUGCCAGCCUCCUAGUUAAUCCAAACAUGGCACAGCAGUCGGGGCACCUGAGUUCGGCUCCGGUAAGUAUAAAUCUUCACCCAUGAUUGGGCCCUGUCAAGGAACAGUCCCAGUCUCCAAAUUGUCAGGACAUGAAGGCUGUAGAGGACCUGAAACCUGCGCACAUGUCUGCUUCUGCUGGCUAUCCAUUCAGAUAUCUGCCCCGGAGUAGGCAGUCUACUGUGGGUACUGAACAGACACUAUCUCCUGGGUAUUCUGGCUAAAUAGAGCAGUCUCUGAGCUCCUCUGUCAGUUUGAUAUCCAGCAUAAGAAAUCUUCAUCUUGAUGGAAUGUCAAGAUGUUCCAGACAGCAGGAGAGCGCCGCCUCUCCUGUGCCAACACAGCGAGUAUGCCGUCAGGGAAUUAGAGUGGAUCAGCGGUAAAGCUCGAUAAUAAAAGUGUAAGCACCCAAUAAGCAGGAGCAUGGUUCUAGUAAAAAAAGUAGGCAACCCAUCAUUAAAAUAGAAAUAGAAAACUUCUGAGGAGCUAUGGCACUGUGCGUCUGCUCUGCAUGGCGACCAAGUCUCACCCCACUGACUUCAGCAUUUUUAACCCUCAAAGCUGUAAAUGUAUAUAUAUAUAUAUAUAUUUAUAUGUAGUCAAUAAAUUGUUAAACACAGGUCUGCACACCAGUCAAGCCAUAAGACUUGCUUUUCCCACAGAAAUCUCCAGUUUGCAUAUAUAUAAUAUAUAUAGAAAUUAUUUUUGCUUUUGUAUUUUUAAUGUAUAAUUCAUAUAAUUCAUUAAACACAGGAGGCAAUUCUCACCACAUAGUUUCCAUUUAAAUGUAGAAAUGUACGCUGUCAUAUGUACCCCUAUCCUGGAAUGGAGAGACAACAUCUUGGCUCCCCGUCAAUCAUUCAAAAAUCAGCCUUUACAUCUGUCAGCAGAGAGCAACGGAAAAUUGGGGGUUUUAUAUAAAGAAUAAUUUUGAGGCAGUUCUAAGUUGAAGCAAUCAGCAGUGACAUUCCAUUGGUUUCUAUAGCGACUGCACGAUUUUUAGAACCUCUGUACUCAUUAGCCCCAAAAUUCCAAUUUCUCCCCCAAUACAAUGGACUCUCUGACAAUUCCAUGACUGAACUGUAUUGUAAUGCACAUGUAACAUAAAGUAGAGCAUUACAUGAUAAGAAAUCAUCACAAGCUAGAGAUAAUUAUCAAUGCUUUGUUAAAUGAUGACAUCACCGGGAAUGUUACAGUUCCCUUUAAAAGUGCUCUGGUUACCGUCUGAGAUUUUUGCAUAUUUUGCAAGGACCCCAAUGGUUACUGCUCUGCUUGUUGCCUGGCGACCAAAAGGUGCAGGGAAUGGUGAACUUUACUUACCUGAAACUGUCCCAUGUAACUGCUGCCAUCCUCAUCCAAUCGGACCUGCUGGAUAGACAAUGCCUUUUUUCAUACAGCCAUCACUAUUGAUGGCUGGGGGUAAAUGACAACUAUGGAAUGUAAGCUCGUUUGAGCAGGGUCCUCUCCAACCUAUGGUUCCUGUAAGUUUUUUUGUAAUUAUCCUAUUUAUAGUUAAAUCCCCCCUCUCAUAAUAUUGUAAAGCGCUACGGAAUCUGUUGGCGCUAUAUAAAUGGCAAUAAUAAUAAUAAUAAUAAUAAUAACACUUGACAGUGGUAGCUCUGCCUUUAGUCAAAUUUUGUCAGGUGUAGGGAAUGUACUAAGACAAUGCAGUUCCUAGUUUGUCUUGGUAUAGAUUUUGACGGUGUCGGAAUUCCAGCACAGUCAAUUUGAGUAUUUCAUAAAGCUUUCAUAAAGCUUUUAUCUUCAUGAAAUUCUAAUCCUGGAGUGGGGUGAACCAGACACUUUAACAAUAAAUAUAGCCUCCCCAUCUCUGUGCUGCGCUCAAAUGCUUCAAAAGAAAUAUCUUGAGAGAUCAACAAACAGAAAACCAUGGCAUGGGUGAAACAAUUACAAAAGCUUUGUUGUUUGUACAAUGAAUAUUUUAAUGUUUUGUGCUGUUUAAUUAUGAAAUAUUAUGGACAGCAUAAAGCUUGUGUUUCCUUUCAAAUAGCCACGCACUACUUAUCUUUAUUUAUAGCCUUCAGCUCAGUGAUCACAGCAGUUCAGUGAAACACAAUGCCAAACUAUAUUAAAUAUGUAUGAGGACUGAUUGCAAACCUCUAGUAACCCCUAGCUCUAAUACCACAGCUUGACAGAAUGGACAAACGUUUCUAACGAUAUGGACAACUUCCAACCUUUAAAGGGACACUUUAGGCACCUACACCACUUCAUUGUCGUGGUCUUGGUACAGUGUACCUUUUGCACCUAGUGCUGCAAUGUUAAACAUUGAAGUUCCAGAGAAACUACAAUGAUUACAUUGCAGCACUAAGUCUGCCUCCAGUGACUGUCUACCAGACAGCCACUAGAGGGCUUCUUGGAUUGAAACGGACCUUUGGUCCGGUAUCUGACGCUGGACGUCCUCACACACUGCAUGAUUAAAUGCUACUAGUUUGCAAGUGGUAAUUUUGAGUCAUGUUAUGUGUGGAUUUCUUUAAGUGGGAGAGAUUUAUGGGAUAAGAUAAAUAAUCACAGAUGUCUAUGAGAAGGUCCUUAUUGGUGGAGACUCUUUUUAGUCUUGGAAUUGUUUGUCUGCUGUAGCUUGCUCAUGUUCUUCUCUCUUUUUAUUUAUUGAAUAAUUUUUAAUUGCAUUUCCUAUAACAUGCAGUAAAUAAUUAUGUGUAUCCACAUGCAGCUUUAUAAUGUUUCUUAAAGUUUUAUCAGAUUAGGGUGUUUGGAAGUUCUUUCUCAGUUACAAUUAUUCCCACCAGAAACUUUGGUACUUUCCUUUUUUUUAUAGAGCCAUGAAGGUAUAGGCUACAUCGUGUACGUUCAUGUUUUGUUUUGUUUUAUUUUUAGUGUGAAGAAGAAGGCAAACCAUACUUCUCCAUGGACGAUGGACAAACAAAGUUUGUUGACCUUAUUCAGCUGGUUGAGUUCCACCAGAUCAACAGGGGUAUCUUACCAUGCACCCUCAAGCACUACUGCACUUCCGUGGCACUAUGAUCCAGUCUUAUAUACUCAAGAUGAAUCAAGUCCUCAUGAAGGAAAUGGUUAGCCUACCAUGUUUUGGGAUGGCUUUCCCACCAUGAAAAAUAUAACGUGUCUACCAUUUUAAGGACAUUACAAAUGCAGUUUCAUGGAUCGGUUGAGUCGAAGUUACUUGAUUUCAUGCCUGCAUCGUCUUGAAGCUUACUCUGCGUUAAGCACUUAAAGCCUUCUCUGCGUGGCAGAAUUUUUGUCAUCCCGAGGAAAGAGGUUUUGGGACAGACAAUUAAUAAGCUACAUUUUUCUCCUUGUUGGUACAAGCAACUUUGAAGACUGUUAUGUGACAGUCUAGUGACAUUAAGUGGCUCGAUUCCACUUGAAGACAAGCUGCCUUGAAUCUCCUGUUUCCCCUUAAAAGCUGACGGGAGUUGGGCACCCAAAGGUUCGAAUAGGAAUACUAAAUGGUGCACCCGUUGAUGAGAGCACUGUACUGUAUAUAUUUACAAAAAUGUCACAUAUUUUUUAUGAAAAAAAAUCUUAUCUAUAUAUUUUUGUCUUCUAUUUUCUCUUAUUUUUGUACAAAACACUCUAACCUCAAAUCUACAUAUGAAGAGAAAAUAUUAUUUAUAUAUACCCAAGAGUCACUAAAAUAAAAAUAAAAAAUAUAAAAAAUCACCCAAAUGAUUAAUAAAGAUUUAUUUAAAAAAAAUUUUUUUUGCACAAAUGAAACACAGCAGCUAAUUAAACCAAAAUGGUGGCAAUUUUUUUUAUAGCAUUUUCAUCACGUCAGCUUUGUCACUUUAUGUAAAUCUCUCUCCUUUUUACAUAAAACCAUGUAUAUUACUUUGUGCUAAUAAAAUGCACACAUCAUUCUAUUUGAUUAGAGUGGAUUCAAAAGCAAAAUCAUGUGCUUGAAGGAACACCUAAUAAGGCUGCAAGUUUUGCAUUUAACUGUUACCGCUCUGUUAGUGGAAGCAUUUACAGUACUAGAACAGGUAUCACGGUAAUUCUCUAAAAAGGUUUAUGGAGGAUUAUUACUGUGUUUUUACGGUCAUGAAUGAUUCUUGAACAUUUGUUAAAAGUACAUUUUCAGUAAAUCUACUGUUCUUUAAUGUAAAGGCAGGUAGACAGAACUUGGGGCAACUACAGGCGUACGCUACACAAUUAUUGAAUUGCUGCUGCUGAAGUUGACAACUAAAAAAAGAGUUUUGAUUUGGCACAAUAUGUUUCUUUGUGUAAAUUAAGCUAUAUAUAUAUAUAUAUAUGUACUGAUCAGCCACAACAUUAACACCGCCUGCUUAUCGUGUAAACACCCUGCGAGAACAGCUCUGAUAUAUUGACGCAUGCACUCCACAAGACAUCUGCGUGUCCUGUGGUAUCUGGCACUAGUAGCACAUCUUUUAAAUCCUGUAACUUGCAAGGUUGACUCUGUGAAACGACGCUUGACGUCCUCACGGCCUUGAUGAAUCCCCAUAGGAAAGCACCUUCUGGGGAAGGCCUAAAGCAGGAAUAUGGUGAAUGCCUAAAGCGUGCGUGCCACUUGUCGCUCAUGCACACUAGGUCUCUCCAUCGGCUGACGUUGGAAGAGGGGGAGCGCAAACCAGUGCUGAAGGACAUUGGAGCUGGAGUUGGAUAAGUGAAUAAAGAGUUAUUUAACCCAUGGUGGGGCUUCGGGGGCAGAGGAACAUGAUGUUAGUGUUAGGAAUACAGCUUUGUAUUCAUAACACUAAAUAUUGCUGACAUGCUUAGAGAGAAUUGUAGUAUAGCACAGUAUAUUAAGAAAUGUGGUCCAAGAAAACGGAUCAAACAUGGCAGCUCAAUGACAUAAGGGACAUCAACACUAUGAAUACUAGAAUGUCUGAUGGAGUGUCAAUGACAGAAAUUUAGACAGAUAAAAUGACCGAAAGCACAUUGGAGGCAUGACUCUUAAAAAAAAGGAUGUUAUUAAGACUAUUCCUUAAAAAAGGGGGCUACAUUCGAUGAGUUGGAAAACUCAAAAUAGUUGCAUAGAAUAAAAAUCCAUAAUUUGUCUAGAAGCAGAAGAUGGUGGGGUUUUUUUGAGUCCUGAAUAAGCAGAUGGAUUACUAAAAUUGGGUAGCAUAUGAGAGCUUGCUUGGAUUAAGUUUUUAAGCAUGGGUGAUAGAAAGAGAGGGAUGACCAAAAAAGGGGUGGCAUACUGGAGUCUGAUUGAGUGAGGUUAUUGCAGAAACAUCUUUCUUCGGAGAGUGAGAAAAUAUUUUACAAGAGCUGAGAACUGUCAGUCCAAGAGACUGGAAGAGAAGCCAACGGAGAUUAAAUAAAUCACAGAAAGACAUCCUGUCCCGAUCAAUAUCUCCACACAUCACUUGAUGAGAGGAAAGGUGUAAGAGUAUCUUCUAGGCCUUUUAAUAUGAGAAUAGAGAAGAGCACAUGCUUUGGAUUGAGCCAAAAGUGACUUAUUAUUGAUAGCUUGUUUGUUUAUUGCCCCACAUGGAAGAAAGACAAUCAUUUGAGGCAACAUCAAGAGAAUGAACUGGAAUGUGGAGGAUUCAAAAUCAGAAUAUGAUCCUCAAAACAGAAGUCAAUUUGAGAGCAAACUGUCAGGUCUUACAUGAGGUGGGAGGCCGGUAGGCAGAGAUUUGUGCUCACCCUUGCAGAUAUACACAGUCCAAGGUGAUAAGGUUAGAAACCACUAGGACUGUUAAUCUGUGCACGGGGACUGUCCAUGAAAGGUGCUCCAAUUUGCAGUACAGACAAGGACACAAGAAGAAGGUUCGUUAAGGAUAAGCCAAAGUCAGAGGAUGACAGAGGUCCGGAUAAACAAGGAGGAAUGCCAAGGUCAGGAGCCGGGGUCAAUCUGGAGAACAAGUACCAGGAGACAAAACAGGAACCAUACACGAUCAUCAGAAUUAAAGAACUGACAAAGUUCCCAGGGCAAGGCAGUGCUUAAAUACCCAAAUUAUUAGUGAUCUGCCUCAGGGCAAACACAGGUAUCAGCCAGAGAUGAAGUCCAGGCCCCUAGUGUUGCAGACAAAGCCAGGAAUAGCAAGGAUAUAACUUAUCCAAAAGAACAGAAUCUGCUGUGGCUUACAGGCACUUCUGGCGUGACCACGUCUGGCCAUGUGGACAAACUAAGACACAUGGCAGAACAGGCAGGUUAAUAGAUUUCAGAUUGAGAUUUGUAAUUCGGUUUUUUUAUACGAAAGUUGUUAUUAUUUAAAAGAGAAAUUUUCCUUUAUAAAUUUCACUUCCACCAAAGAUUCGAAAAUAAAGUAGAAAAACAAGUAAAAAAAAAAGAAGUAGAACUCAGUUGCCCCACACAUCAUCAUUUCUCCUAAAAUUUCAAAUGGACAAAUGGGAUCCUUCAGUUUUAGGAGUGUGUGAGUGGGGGUGUAGCCAGGGCCAGGACUGUUCUCAGAAAUGUUAGGUGAUUUACUAACAAUUUAUUAAAAGGUAAUUUUGAACAAGAACAAUCUAUCUAAUUUACAGAGACUUAUUUCUGAACACAUUUAUUUUCAUUUAAAGACACAUUAUUGCUGUGGAGCUCUGUUACACACUCAGACACACCAACAAGGGAAGACUCCCUUAUUAUUUGAACCUUCUCUGACAUGUCUGGUAAGUUUAGAAAACAAAUAGUAAUGGUGAGAGGGGGCGUCUCUCUUACACCCUAUUAUAAAUGGGAAGGAAAUGGAAACUAAGCUACAAAUAUGCCUGAAGGACACAUUUAAGAGUUAUUAUAAAUCAGAGGACUACCUCACUGACACCAGAUUUGGAUAACAUUAUUGCAUAUUGUUUUUUUUUAAAUUUUGAAUACCUCCCUGUUGUCAAUUCUAAUUACCCACAAUCAUCUGUAUAAAGUUAUUGAAAGGAUAAAAUAAAACACUUUUGUUUUUUAAGUUCACAUGUUUUAAAACUAAAUUAUACAGGUGCAGACCACAGGUUAUUAGCAAAUAUUAUAGUUUGUAUAGAUAUGUUUGUGUUUUUGUUACCGUUACAGAUAAUACACUGACAGCUUUAUGAAUUGUUUUUAAAGGUUCUUUAUCUCCCUGACUUGUCAUUGUCCUAGUUGGCAAUGUGCUCCUGCGACAAGAUAAUCCAAUAAUCUUUUUCAUCUCAAACGCAAGACUGGAUUAAUGAAUGGUCCAAUAAUGGCUCAGCAUCAUCCUUAAAUGUUAGACCCUUUGAAAGAUGCAUUUAACUUAGUACAUAUUGGUGCAACAUCCCGCUGUUUGUGUGUUACUCUCAGUUUUGUGACUCGGAAAUACCUGGAACCUCAAAUGGACUCUCCUCGUACAGUACUUAUAACUGGAUGUUCGUCCGGGAUUGGGCUGGCAUUGGCUGCAAAACUUGCCACUGAUGGACAGCAACGCUUUAAAGGUGAGAGCUGUAGCUAUAACAUUAUGGCCAUUGGCCAAUAGACCCAAACUAUUAUAUGAAGCAGUUAAAAAUGAAUUAGUUCAUCUAAGUCAGGGAUGCCCAAAAAGUUAAUCCUCAGGUGUAUUAAGACUACAGCUUCCAUGAGUCUUUGUCAUUCUAGAGCAUUCUAAAGACGUGCAAAGCAUUGUGGUAGUUGUAGUUCUACAAUAUCUGGGGAUCUAACUAUUUGGCACCCCUGAUCUUAGCUGUAAAUCAACCCUGCAAUAGAAUUUUCUGCUGAUGAGAAUCUUAUGGGGUGUAUUUUCUAAACUCUGAAUUGUAUCAAAUUGAAAUUCAAAUGGCAAAAUGCAGCAAAAAUUAUUUCAACUUGGCUAUCGUCACAAAUUGACUAUUUUAGCAAGGAUUUCUGCCAUUUAGAUUUCCAUACUUCAAAGUUCAGGGAUUUUUGAAUAAACUCCUUACCCCUUGUUAAACCCCCCUGUUAUGUCUACCACCUCCAUUUAUUGGGCUAUCCUUUUAUUUAAAGACACAUUGCCGCUUUAAGUCCUUUGGUUUUAACUUUGCCGUAAGUUGAUAUUAUGUCAUUGUAAUGAACUACUUUUAACAAGAAGGUAAAAAAAAAAGCAAAAGCAUAGUGUUAACAAGAUAAUCUUCCGUGGUCGUGUUUAGGCAUGCAAAACGUCUGUAAAUAUUUCUACCUCCACAGAUAUUUGUUCUAAGAGCCUUUCCAAACAUACAUUUGCAGCUCCGUUUACUCUUAGAAUACAAUAGGAUUUAGACAGAUAUCGUGAAUCACUGUAAAAAUCCCAAGUUUGAGUCAAGUUUAAAAGUUGCCCUUAAAUUGGGUGAUGUUACUACAUCGCUGUGUUUUACUGCAACGUCAUUAUACCGGUGCAUAAAAGAGGCACAGCUAGGGGUGUCAAAUUCACAUUACUUACAUACAUGAUGAAUAGCGCUUCCCUUCAGUGUGUACAAAUAAAAUCUGGCAGCAAAUUAAUUGGACUUACUGCAUCUCUUUCUUCUAAAGCCCAUGAUAGAUUGUACAUAUAGCAUUGUACCCAGGGCCAGCCCAAGACAUUGUGCUGCCUUGGUCCAAGGAUGAAAUGCUGCCCCACCCCCCAAAAAAAACAUAUGCUUCUGCAAUGUGGGUCUCUAUGUGGGUGUGCUGGGGAAGAAGUGUGUGUCUGUGUGUACUUGGGAUGUAGUGUGUGUCUGUGUGUGUGCUUGGGAUGUAUUAUAUGUCUGUGUGUGCUGGAGAUGUAGCGUGUGUCUGUGUGUAUGCUGGGGAUGUAGCUUGUGUCUUUGUGUGCACUGCAGCCAAUACACUUACCUAUACAUUGUGUCUGUGUAUAUGCAUGUGUGUCAGAGUUUAUAUGUGUGUGUCUGUUUCUGUAUUUGUGUCAGUGAUUGUAUCCGUUUGUUUAUGUAUCUGCAUGUGUGGCAGUGUUUGUGUCUGUAUGUCUGAAUAUCUGCAUGUGUAUCAGUAUGUCUGUGCAACUGUAUGUGUGUCUGUGCAUCUGCAUGCGUGUCAGUAUAUGUAUCAAAAACUGACACACAUGCAGAUACUGACACACAUACAGAUGUACAUACACACUGAUAUGCCUGCAGAUACACAGACAUACACACAGACACAUACAGACACUGACACAUACAGAUGCACACACUGACACAUAGAGAUGCACACACUGCCACACAUGCAGAUACACAGACAUACAGAUACACACACAUACGGAAUCUGUUGGCGCUAUAUAAAUGGCAAUAAUAAUAAUAAUAAUAACAUACAAACAGAUACACACACUACACAUACACAGAUACACACACACAAACACACACUACACACAUAGAAACAGAUACACACACACACACACAAACACACAGCUACACACACAUUAAAAAAAUUAAGCCACCCAGCAGGUUCUUACCUUCUGCUGGAUGUGGCUGGUGGGAGUUAGGGGCCUGCUCUCCCGAUCCGGCCUGCAGCUCCCUCCUCCUCCUCCUUCUUCUGUGCGGCAGUGUGAGUGAGCUGGGACGAAGUGAUACCCUGCCACUUCCUCCCAGCUCUCUGUGUAGGAUAGAAGGGACCCAGUUGCGCACAACCGGGCCCCUCAUUGCAUAUGUACAUCGGGUGGCCGAUGCUGCACCGCCGCCAUGGGUUGAGAACUCCUGUUUUAGAUUAUGUCAGAGUACAGCCUAUAGCCGUGGCUCCACUGCGGUUUAUGGACGGACCGGCCGGCCCUGAUUGUACCCUACCAUGUACCCUACCCCUUAACCCUGCUAUGCACCGUUCAUAGAAACUGCAAUGUUUAAAUUACAGGGUUAAGACUGUACCUAUAGUGGCUGUCUACUAGAGGUGCUUCAUGCGGUUUCACGGAAUUUAACUAUGCUGUACGUGAAAACCUUCAAAUCGCCCACAGCAAAGUAUCAAUUCAUUAGGUUCCACUCUCGGCGCUGAUGUGGCCGAAAAGGUGCCAGCACUGAGAAACCUUGGCUCUGGAAUUAGGCGAGUGUUUAUACGUUUUUUUUAAUGCUUAAAUUGCCAUGGGGCGCAUAGGAACACUAUACUGUUAGGCAUACAGCUUUGCAUUCCUAACACUAUAGUGUUCCUUUAAAUUCAAAAUUCAUUUUCAAUUCCCAUUUUAGUAAAUAACCCAGUUCAUGUUUGGGUUAGAGGGGUCUUAUGUUUACGGUUCGGCUUAGUGCUAAGCAUAUCUGCCUUCAAGGUGCUGUGGACUGCAACUACUAGCACUCUCUGCCAGGCUUCACUUUUUGUACUUAUAAUACGCAUGGAUGGCACAAAAGAGGCAGCUAAGUAGACCUCAGGCUAGUUUGUCCUUAUGGCUCAGACAUUUCUAUAAUUAGCACUGGGUUACAAAGCACAUCACCCUUCCUGUUACUUCUACUGCAGUCUACAAGAUCAGCUGAAACUGAUCUCAUUAAGGGGAUUGCAUUAUCAGUCCGACACUUAUCAGCAAGUUGAGCAUGCAAGAAUUCUGUUAUCUCAGUGUGAAACACCUGGUUCAUUCACAUCAAAGACCGAAAUAUUAACCUUUAUAACAUCAAGUUCACUGAUAAUGAGGUUAACACAAAUCUCAGCAAAUGCAAGUGCUAAACAUCAAGUGGAACAGUUACAUUUGACAUUUGAUCUUGAAAAAAGCAUUGAAAGUCAUGUUUCAGUGUUUGCAGAUGCCACAAAACUCUGUAAAAUAAUACAAUGUGAGCAAGAUAUUACUUUGCUGCAGAGGGAUUUAGAUAGACUGGGGGACUGGGCACUCAAAUGGAAAAUUCAAUUUAAUGUAGAAAAUUGCAAAGUUUUGCACUUCGGCGUCAAGAAUGCACAAGCAACUUAUACCCUUAAUGGAAGCGAAUUAGAGAUAACCACACACGAGAAGGACUUGUGAAUUGUUAUAGACAACAAACUAUGCAACAAUGUGCAAUGUCAAUCAGCAGUGGCCAAGGCCAGUAAGGUAUUGUCAUGCAUGAAAAAGGGCAUUCAUUCUCAGGAAGAGAAUAUCAUUUUGCCUCUUUAUAAAUCACCGGUAAGACCACAUCUUGAAUAUGCUGUGCAAUUUUGGGCACCUGUUCUAAAGAAGGAUAUUAUGGCACUAGAAAGAGUGCAGAGACGGGCUACAAAAUUAAUAAAAGGAAUGGAACAUAUCAGCUAUGAAGAAAGGUUAACAAAUUUAAACCUCUUUAGUUUAGAAAAACAUUGCUUGAGAGGGAAUAUGAUAACAUUAUACAAAUAUAUCCAGGGCCAAUACAAACCAUUGUGUGGAAAUCUAUUCACAAACCGGUCUUAACAUAGGACACGAGGCCAUGCGUUUAGACUGGAAGAAAGAAGAUUUAGUCUAAGGCAAAGGAAAGGUUUUUUUACUGUAAGAACAAUCAGGAUGUGGAAUUCUCUGCCUGAAGAAGUGGUUUUAUCAGAGUCCAUACAGAUGUUCAAACAGCUACUAGAUGCAUACUUGCAAAACCAGAAUAUUCAAGGAUAUAAUCUUUCAAUGUAGGGUAAUAACUGCUUGAUCCAAGGAUAAAUUUGAUGCCAUUCUGGGGUCAAGAUGGGAUUUUUUUUUCCUAGUUUGUUGCAAAAUUAGAAGUGCUUCAAACAGUUUGGUUUUUUUUUUGCCUUCUUUUGGAUCAACAGCAAAAAAACUAAUGUGAGGAAUGCUGAACUUGAUGGACGCCUCUCUUUUCAGCCUAUGUAACUAUGUUACAUUUUACACAAAGCAGCAUUUAACAUGAUACUGAUCAAAAUCUAGUAUUAGUAUUCAAUCAAUAGCAAUUAAUAACAUUGUCACAAUUUUAUUCUGACACCACCAAAGUUAUAACAAUGCUAUCCACACAAAGCCAGGAUAACAACAAUUAUAUCGGAUAUAAUGCAGUGAUGUCGUUAACAAGUUACAUAUCUCUAUUCCUAACACUAGAGUACUUAUGUGGACCCCCUAAAUAUUAGAAUAAAAAAACUAAAUAAAUAAAAAUAAAACUUUAUCUCCAGCAAUGAAUCUCCCUCCUCCUUGAGUUAUGUCAUCCUGGAGGCUCACGGUCCAAUCCAAUGGUUUUGGUUGCUCCCGUUGGGCCAUGGUGGUGGGGGCUGGAGAAGAUAUUGGAGGCUAGGCAGUUUUGCUAGCUGGAUGUUUGGUUUGUUAAUCAUGUUUACAUGGUUGAAUUUGGUAUUUGGUAGGUUGGAGCCUGUAGGUGGUUCUCAACCUGGUGGUGUAGGGGUGUCUCGGUAUGCCCCUGCAAUCUAAAUUGGUAGGUUGGAACCCAUAGGUGGUUCUCAGCCUGGUGGGUUAGGGGUGUCGGCGGUAUGCCCCUACUAUCUAAAUUGGUAGGUUGGAACCCGGAGGUGGUUCUCAACCUGGUGGGGUAGGGGUGUCUCGGUAUGCCCCUACUACGAAAAUCAAUUGGUAUGAGGCCUGUUGUGGCCAUGUUGCUUAUGUUAAUUAUGUAUGGUUAUAUGUUACUGUUGAUAUGUUACGGGUCAUUGCCGGUGGGUGUAGUACUGUUAAAAUUGGGUUGAAGUACGUAUUAUGUGAACUUGGGAAUGUUUGGCAAUGACCCAAAUUACUAUUUAGAUAUUUAUCAUAUUUAUAAUUUAUUAAAGCCAUGGCAAAGUUUUAUCCACUUUAAAUUUGUGUCCGUGUCUUAUUGGGGGGUCCAAGGUAAGGUUUGGAACAUAUGCACAAAAGCUUGACUAUGCGCAUGUCAUGAUUUUGCAAUGUUACAUUACUGUAUUUGUACUUUAUUUACUUUAGGUGAUGCCAUAAACUCAAGGGAGGUGUUCUGCUCCUGAAUACAUUUUGAGGGUACUGUCUAUUUCUUCAAAUAUAUUUUCGCUUGAAUACUAAAUUCAGAUAUUUUUCAUGUCUCACUCAUAACUGGCAAGUAAGGGGUUGAAACAGAAGCAACAAAGAGCAACGUAUUAGCUUCUUGGAUUAAGAAAUAGUUUAACAUGGGGGGACCUGGUGCUGGGCAAGGACAAUAAGGUAAAAAAAUUGGUGGGCUGUGAAAUGGGGCAACAUUUUUAAUAUUGGGGAAACUGAUGCAGGCUUUCCCCCCCACUCCUUCACCCUAUGCCAGCGGGUCAAAGGAUGCGAGAUUGAGGCAUGACAUAACUUUCCCCUUCACCCACCGAAAUGAAUGUGGGGCAUGGGGGGAAGCCCAUUAAGUUGAGUAUUCCUAAUCACACAGGCUAGGUCGGAGUUUGGGGAAAGGAAAUGGCAGGGUGCCAGUAACUCCCUCCUUGUAAUACGACAAAGGAAAAGCAAAGAACUAAUUAAAUGGUCUACUCUUAUCCAACAAGGAACUCAUUUUCAUUUAGUUCUUUCAUAAUUCAAUUUGUUAAUUUGUGAUUUUGACGAUGAAACACAUUGGCCUAAAUUAGUUGAAACUUUUUGGUGUUGAAAUUGGUGUUGAUUGGUGUUCUUUUACGGCAAAAAGAAAACUUUAGUGUUCAUGUGUGCCGUAUUGCUGACAUCUAGUGGUGAUAUUUUGCAGCUCACACAAAUACCAGUUAAAUAGGGACAAUUAAAGGUAUACAGCAACCCCAAAUGGUUAUUGGUCUUGGUGGACUCUGUCGUUGAGAUAUGAGUGAUACACCUCUAGGCACAUUGAACAUGGGGUCCACAUAUGCAAACAAACCAAAACAGAUCCCAAUUUAUCACAUAGCUGAGAAAUGGAAGAACAGAAAAAUGUUUAACAAAGGCCAGUUGGAGUAAACUACAAAGUUCCACUUCCACUACUCUACACAUGCAGACACAAUUUAAUUUAUUGGUAAAGGAUAACUCUAGUCUUCUUUCUUAAACUAGUGACAGCACAAGUUAAGGAGUCCUACGGGAACCAAAACCCAAGGACACGCGAGGCUACGAUGGGUGAGCAGAUUGCAGGUGCCUAAACAGGAACAAAUGCCUAAAGAACUUUCCUACUGAAAGAAUCACAAGCGUAACCAUUAAAACCGUAAAGUCUAGCAAGCGUGCAGUGAGAAUCAGGUGGCAGCAAUGUAGUCCUCAAAUAACACUUCAUGUUGCAGCUUGGGCAAGGUAGCCAUCUCUAUGGUAGAAUUGGUCAUCACUUAAAGAGUAAAGGAGUAAAACAAGUUAGGCUUAAACAAAAAUUAAAUUAUGCAACUUCAUACAGCUUGAGCCAAUAUAGCCGGUCCUUUAUGUGCUAUAUAUACACAGACAUAUACUCUCCGUGGUUAUGUGUUCUCCAGUGGAGAAUGGAGAUGUUAGUAUUCUCUGCUUAUGACCUUUUGACGUUUUAAAGAAAUACAGCUUUUAAUCAAAGUCAAUGUUUUUUAAAUACAGGCUACAGGGUGCAAUUUUAUCAUUUUUAUAUCAAUGUUUCUCUCUGUAGUCUUCGCCACAAUGCGUAACCUGGCAAAACGCUCUGCACUGGAGGAAGCAGCUGGUGAUGCCCUCAAUAGAACCCUGGAGAUCAAAGAACUAGAUGUCUGUAGUGAACAUUCCAUUCGCAAAUGCGUGGACACCAUCCCCGACAGACGUGUAGACAUUCUCAGUGAGUGGUGCAUGGUAGGCAUGUCUCGUCGUAAAAAAAAACCCCAAAACAAAAUCAUAAACAUUUUGAUAUUACGUGAAAUCAGAAUAAAAUGGAAUUCCAUAAGACUUUUAAAAAAUGGUUAAAAUUUGUAUUCAUGGGCUUAAAGUCAUCAUAGUUCAUUAUCAUUGAAAAUAAAAGAUCACAUGUACAUAAUAAGUAAAUACCCCAUAUCUGUGCAUCUCCUACUUACCUUUGCUCUACGAUCAGAAGCACCUUUUUUAUUUGCCAAGAACAUUCGAACCCAAUUCACAGCACAUUUUUGAGAUGUCUGGCACUUGCUCAUGGCAUCAUAAAUUGCGAACUCGCAGUAACCUUUGAUCUGCUGUUGGUUAAGUGGUGCUUCUGAACAAAGUGGAUUUAAAGACGUCUGGCCCAAGGAUCAAGGGUAAGUCAGGAGAGACAACACUGAAACACGGUGUUAACUUAUAUGCAUGCAUUGAAAUAAUAUGAAUAUAGGCAAAGGGUAGGCAACAUUUGGCACUCCACAUGUUGUAGACUACAUCUUCCCUAAUGCUUUGCUAGCAUUAUGACCAGAAGAGCAUUAUGGGUGAUGUAGUCUGUAACAUCUAGGGUUCCAAAGGUUGCCUACUGCUGAUAUAGGCUAUAAUAUAUGGAAGCUUUUAUUUAAAAUUAUAAAAACAAAUGACAUUUUCCUAUCAGUGAAGGUGUUCUAGUUAACUAUUAAAGAAAUAAAGUUUCAUUGCUUUCAACCUUUUUUUAUUUACCCAUCUUUUUAUCAGUUAAUAACGCAGGGGUCGGUCUUAUUGGACCUAUAGAAUGCCAGUCCAUACAGGAUAUGCAAGCGGUUUUCGAAACCAAUUUCUUUGGGGUUGUAAGAAUGAUUAAAGAGGUCCUGCCGGAUAUGAAGAAACGGAAAAGCGGCCACAUUGUGGUCAUUAGCAGCGUAAUGGGACUUCAAGGUGAGAAGCCAAGAAUGUUACCUGGGAAUCUUAAGAACUUAACUGUAUAUUUGAAAACAGACUGCAACUGUUUGAUAGUCUGUCAGAAUGUAGUGGGAGUCGAAAUCAAAAUGCUUGGACUGUAUAAAGAGAUUGGAAUCAUACUAAUAGUUUUUGUUGACAGCCAUAUAGAUCAAAGGAUGACCAAACAACGGUCUCAAUAGAAGGCUUUGUAGAUACAUUUAGCAUAUGUAGGAGAGUCAAAAAAUAUUAGACUACAAAAAAAACAAAGAGUGAAGCCAAGACCGCAUGACUGCAGUCUCAAGGCUAACAGUAAACAUUAACCAAAAGGGCUAAGCAGCCAAGAAAAAACGAGAAAGAUGCUGGCUUAUGGGAUGGUAGAGAGGUCUACAUCUUAAUUGUUGGGAUCCAUAUGGAGGCGUGAAAGAGGGUUCAACAGCUGAACUUAAUUUUGUAUAUCACAGAGAAGAUAGAUACAUUUCUCCAAGCACAAACAAUGCAAAACACAGCAAAUAUAAUGAGGCGUAGAGUUAAAACAAAGUUAAUUGCCGUCAAUGGUGCUUAAUAAGUUGCGGUAUUAUAAGUAAAUUAAUAAGAAUAACCUUAAAAUCGCAUUAGCUGUCAACAUAAUAGCCUCUUUGACCUCCUGUUUUUGAAUAUUCCUGGAUAACUUUAUUCUCUUUUUUUUUCUCACCAGGCAUCAUGUUCAAUGAUGUAUAUGCUGCGUCAAAGUUUGCCAUUGAAGGAUUUUGUGAAAGCUUGGUCUUCCAGACUAUGAAAUUCAACAUUUUGUAAGUGAUUAAUUUGUCAGUAAAUUAAAAAAAUAAAAAUAAAAAAUUUAGUAGUUGCAUAUUUUAAAGUUCUAUUUAAACCAAUCUCUUUUUUAUAUUCUGAUGAUGUGUUUGGAAGUCUGCAUUCCCUUAAGCACCAGUAGCUUUAUAUAGGUAAUUCCUAUGUUUAUUCUAAUUUUGUUCCUUCUGUGUAUAUUUAAAUUCUUAUUUGUAUCUUUAGAUCUUGCACAAGUUUAAACCAUCAGUGCACAACUGAAAUUAUAAGAGGGGUGAAUUAACAGAUUUGAAAGUUCUCUGGGGGAUGCAAAGACUCUUUGCACCAUAACCACUACAAUAAGUUGAAUUGGUUACAGUGCUUAAAAGUAUUCCUUUAACAUCAAAGUGCACCAUAGAAAAAUUUAUUGUUAGUUUAAUAAAGGACACACUAUCCAUAGCCUCAAAUUUUCACUGACACAUAUCACCCAUUUUAAGGAUUACAUGAAAGAAUUGCAUUGUACUAAAUAUCAACCAUGUAUUUGGUACCCUAUGGAUUGCGUGCAAAUAUUGGAAAUCUAUUCACAACAGGACUAUAUAUAGGACAUGAGGUCACAUGUUUAGACUGGAAGAAAGGAGAUUUAGUCUAAGUCAAAGGAAAGGUUUUGGUAUAGUAAGAACAAUAAGGAUGUGGAAUUCUCUGCCUAAAGAAGUGGUUUUAUCAGAGUUUGUACAGAUUGUUCAACAUCAACUGUAUGCACACUUGCAAAAACAUAAUAUUCAAUGAUAUAAUUUUUAAAUUGUGGGGUAAUAGCUUCUUGAUCCAAAGAGAAAUCUGACUGCCAUUCUGACAGUUUGCAAAAUUGGAGGUGCUUUUUUGCCUUGUUUUGGAUCAACAGCAAAAACAUAUUUAAGAAAGGCUGAACUGGACACAUAGAAACAUAGAAUGUGACGGCAGGUAAGAACCAUUCGGCCCAUCUAGUCUGCCCAAUUUUCUAAAUACUUUCAUUAGUCUCUAGUCUUAUCUUAUAGUUAGGAUAGCCUUAUGCCUAUCCCACGCAUGCUUAAACUCCUUUACUGUGUUAACCUCUACCACUUCAGCUGGAAGGCUAUUCCAUGCAUCCACUACCCUCUCAGUAAAGUAAUACUUCCUGAUAUUAUUUUUAAACCUUUGUCCCUCUAAUUUAAGACUAUGUCCUCUUGUUGUGGUAGUUUUUCUUCUUUUAAAUAUAGUCUCCUCCUUUACUGUGUUGAUUCCCUUUAUAUAUUUAAAUGUUUCUAUCAUAUCCCCCCUGUCUCGUCUUUCCUCCAAGCUAUACAUGUUAAGAUCCUUUAACCUUUCCUGGUAAGUUUUAUCCCGCAAUCCAUGAACCAGUUUAGUAGCCCUUCUCUGAACCCUCUCUAAGGUAUCAAUAUCCUUCUGAAGAUACGGUCUCCAGUACUGUGUACAAUACUCCAAGUGAGGUCUCACCAGUGUUCUGUACAAUGGCAUGAGCACUUCCCUCUUUCUACUGCUAAUACCUCUCCCUAUACAACCAAGCAUUCUGCUAGCAUUUCCUGCUGCUCUAUUACAUUGUCUGCCUACCUUUAAGUCAUCAGAAAUAAUCACCCCUAAAUCCCUUUCCUCAGAUGUUGAGGUUAGGACUCUAUCAAAUAUUCUGUACUCUGCCCUUGGGUUUUUACAUCCAAGAUGCAUUAUCUUGCACUUAUCCACAUUAAAUGUCAGUUGCCACAAUUCUGACCAUUUUUCUAGUUUACCUAAAUCAUUUGCCAUUUGGCUUAUCCCUCCUGGAACAUCAACCCUGUUACAUAUCUUAGUAUCAUCAGCAAAAAGACAUACCUUACCAUCAAGACCUUCUGCAAUAUCACUAAUAAAAAUAUUAAAGAGAAUGGGUCCAAGUACAGAUCCCUGAGGUACCCCACUGGUGACAAGUCCAAGCUUCGAAUAUAUUCCAUUAACUACAACCCUCUGUUGCCUGUCACUCAGCCACUGCCUUAUCCAUUCAACAAUAUUUGAAUCCAAACUUAAAGAUUGCAGUUUAUUGAUAAGCCUUUUAUGUGCAACAGUGUCAAAAGCCUUACUGAAAUCUAGGUAAGCAAUGUCUACUGCACCACCCUGAUCUAUAAUUUUAGUUACCCAAUCAAAAAAAUCAAUAAGAUUAGUUUGGCAUGAUCUCCCUGAAGUAAACCCAUGUUGUCUCUGAUCUUGAAAUCCAUGUAUUUUUAGAUGUUCAUCAAUCCUAUCCUUUAACAUGGUUUCCAUCACUUUCCCCACUACUGAAGUAAGGCUUACUGGCCUAUAGUUGCCCGACUCCUCCCUAUUACCUUUCUUGUAAAUGGGCACAACAUUCGCUAACUUCCAAUCUUCUGGGACUACUCCUGUUAACAAUGAUUGGUUAAAUAAAUCUGUUAAUGGUUUUGCUAGUACACCACUAAGCUCUUUUAAUAGCUUUGGGUGUAUUCCAUCAGGUCCCAUUGACUUAUUUGUCUUUACUUUUCCGCCUAUGUAACGGUGUAAAAUAUUAUACUUAUAUUUUUUUCUGAAACACGUCCCUGUGUUAAUUUUCCAGUAUUACACUGAUAGAACCAGGUCCCGUUAAGACAGAGUUUGAAUUAAAAACCUAUGAAGAAGCAGAACGGGGCGAUUAUUCCAAGACAGAUCCAGAGACAGCAGAUAUCUUCAUCAACUACUAUUUGAAGAAUUGUAAAGAAAUAUUUUCCAGUUUGGGGCAGACUCCAGAAGAUAUCGCAGAGGUAAGACUAUUGUCAAAGGCUACAGUGCAUGAAUUGCUGCAGUGUGAGGGAAUGGAGUCUAUGACAGAUUUUACAAAACAGUGGAAUGAGUAUGCUUGGAGUAUCUUAACAACAUUGAUUGCAUAAAAGUUUGAGUUUUCUUGGAGCAAAAGCAGAAUGGAACUAUUUUUAUAUAUAAUGUGUGUCAGAGAUGCAAAUUUGAAAGUUAACAUAUCAUUUUUAUAGCAUACUCUACGUAUUGUUACUAUGGAGACAGCACCAUUCCGUCACCAGACUAACCAAGUCUACACUCCUGUGACUGCACUAAAGUAUGCAGACCCAAGUGGGGAACUGGUGACCAAUGUAUUCUACAAGAUGGUCUUCCAACACGACACUUUGAUGCAUGCCAGCCUCCGAGCGAUUAAACUACUUCGUUGGAAAGCAAACAAAGUUCAACAGGGAGCAAGAAUUUUAGGAUUCAUGUAAUCUUCUAAUGUCUAAUUUUGCUUUGUGGGUGAUCUGAGGUGUCAUCUGAAUUGGGGAUGUUAGAACUCAUCGACACGGAUCUAGCACAUGAUGGAAAAGUAUUGUAUCAAAUGAUUUCUAGAGGCUUACAUUUUAUUACAUAUAUAUGUCACUUAUGGGACAUGUGCGGUGUCAAAACUAUUACAAGUGCCUUCUAGAAGCUAUAUUUGACCAUUUAUGUUGAAUCUUGAUAAAGAAAUGAAAAAAAUAUCCUGAAAAUAUAAAGUGGGAUUAUGCUGAGGUUCAACCUGUGUAACAGGAGUUUUUAAGAUAUGGGCAUGUGGCUCUUCAGACUGUGACAUGAUCUUUGUCCCUUGGAGAAUGGGGAGGGUAAGUUACUGGUAUACAGCCUGUGACAAUCAUUGAGCUGUGAGUUUCACUUCCCAAUUCCAAACCCUAAAAUAUCUCCCCAGCUGUCCCAAGGGAGUGAAAGAUCAGUACACAUCACACUCUACUGCUGGAGAAAAUACAAAGCCGUAAAAAUAAU